AUGGGUGGGGCCCUCGCGUCCUAAGGCAAAAAGUGUGGGCGUGGCUGCCCGCUGUAUCUCGUAGCCCCGCCCCAUUCUAAUUAAUCCUGCCCCUUUGGGUUGGAACGGGAGGUGUCGUCCUUUGGCCCUCAAGGUUCCCCUUAACACAGAGCGCCCUGCAGUCUUCGUGGAAAGCGUUCCGGGUAGGCGAUGGCUGCGACGCGUGCAGCGCCUCACGCCCGCGAGAUCUUCACCUCGCUGGAGUACGGACCGGUGCCGGAGAGCCACACAUGCGCACUGGCCUGGCUGGACACCCAGGACUGGUGCUUGGGCCACUAUGUGAACGGAAAGUGGCUGAAGCCUGAACACAGGGAUUCAGUGCCUUGCCAGGAUCCCGUCACAGGAGAGACCUUGGCCAGUUGCCUGCAAGCACAGGCCGAGGAUGUAGCCGCAGCCGUGGAGGCGGCCAGGACAGCAUUUAAGAGCUGGAGUGCACAGCCUGGAGUCGCCCGGGGCCGGCAUCUGACCAGGCUUGCCAAGGUGAUCCAGAAACACCAGCGGCUGCUGUGGACCCUGGAAUCCCUGGUGACUGGCAGAGUUGUUCGAGAGGUUAGGGAUGGGGACGUCCAGCUGGCCCAGCAGCUGCUCCACUACCAUGCAAUCCAGGCAUCCACCCAGGAGGAGGCACUGGCAGGCUGGGAGCCCAUGGGAGUAAUUGGCCUCAUCCUGCCGCCCACUUUCUCCUUCCUUGAGAUGAUGUGGAGGAUUUGCCCGGCCCUGGCUGUGGGUAAAUGAUGGGAUGGGGGGUCCAGACUCUUGGGUCUGAGAAAAGAGGAGAUGGUGGGCCCAAACUCCAGAGUCUGAGAGAUAAAGGGGCUGGGGGCCUGGACUCCUCGGUCUGAGGGAGGAGGGGCUGGGGGUCCGGACUCCUGGGUCUGAGGGAGGAGG